UUUUUUCGUCGGUAGUUUUUCCCCCAAAACAUUGAGAGUCAUGGCUGCCACCAUUGAGAGCUUACUGGAGGAAAUCUCCGACGUUGAAGAUCCAAUUGAGGAGCUGCAGAGUUUAAAAACAGCCUUGAUAGCGAUACCUAUCAGCGCUUUGAGGGACUCAGUGAGCGGACAGCGUUUCAAUGUGAUAUUCUCCCUGUUAAACUCAGACAACAGGGAGCAGGUGGAGCUGUGUGUGGACAUCCUUGAACGCAUCUUAUUGGCCCUCAGCCCUUUGACUCUGGCUCAGAACUACAGAGUGGAGCUGCGGGGGGGUCUGACCCAUCCUAAUGAAACUGUCAAGAUACUGGCCUUGUCACAGAUUGGGAGAGUAGUGGAGCACCCUGACGCUGCCACCGAAGUCCUCAACAACCAUGACAUUCUCGGCGCUGUGAUCAACUGCAUUGGGGAGGAGAAGAUGGCUGUGGCGAAGCAGGCCAUCCAGUCGUUGUCCAAACUGAGCCACUCCAAGCCCGGGUUAGACAAACUGUUCCAGAGCGACCUGCUGAAAGUUAUGAAGGACGUGAUGACCAAAAGUGACAUCAUCAGAUACAGAAUAUAUGAGCUGGUGGUGGAAAUCUCGUCUGUUUCUCCCAUUUCCCUCGGUUACUGCGCCAACAGCAGCUUCAUCUCUCAGCUGCUUGGAGAGCUGACAGGAGACGAUGUAUUGGUCAGAGCCACAGCCAUUGAGAUGGUGACCACUCUGGCCAAUAGUCAGCAUGGCCGGCAAUAUUUGGCCCAACAGGGUAUAAUGGACAAGAUCUCCAAUAUGAUCAGAGGAGCAGAUACAGACCCCUUGUCCUCCCUCUACCUUCCUGGUUUGGUGAAGUUCUUUGGAAACUUGGCCAUCAUGGACAGCCCUCAGCAGGUUUGUGAAACGUACCCGGCCUUCCAGAACAAAGUCUUUGAGAUGGCUCUGGAUCCGGAUCCUGCGAUGAUCGGCGUCGCUCUGGACACUCUGGGUUUACUCGGAUCUACUGUGGAGGGGAAGCAGGUCCUUCAGAAAACAGGACAAAAGUUUAAAUCUGUGUUGUUAAGAAUGAGCCAGCUUGCCAGCUCUGGAGCCACGGAGCUCAGAGUGCGCAGCUUGGACGCCAUAUCGCAACUCCUCACCCUUCAGCCAGAGCAGCAGAAUGAAGACCUUUUGGCCCUGACGGAGUCCUGGUUCAAGCUUCUGUCCAACCAGCCCAUUGACAUGAUACGCAACAUCAGCACUCAGCCGUUUCCAGAGCUGCAUUGUGGGGCUUUACGGAUAUUUACUGCCAUUGCUACUCAGCCGUGGGGUCAGAGGUCAAUGAUCAGCUCUCCCAGCUUCAUGGAAUUUGUGUUGGAUCGUUCAGCGGGUAAGACGAAGGAGGCCAAAGACGCAAAGUUUGAACUGGUGGGGGCGCUCGUGUGUUCGUCGACAGCAGCGGAGAUUCUGGGCAGCCAGCAUUACAUCCGACUGAAAACGUAUCUGAGAGAAGGGCCGUACUAUAUUUCAGCUGUGGCCUCAGUCAGCACAGAGGGAGCAGAAUGAGGAGAAUACACACACAGACUGACACACACACUUUGGUUUCUGGUUAAUGCUUAAGUAACAGGUAAGUGCCUGAAUCAUCUGGGUUAACAUAUGCAUACGUAAUGUGAUGUGAGCAGAGUUUUUGUUCUUACAAAAAUCUGAAUGCGAUGUUUACAAAGAUGCAUCUCCUAAUGUUGACAACAGCACAUACUUGACUUCACUACUAAAAAACACAAGCUCAUAAAAGGAUGGGACAUCGACUUGAGUGUUUACACACAAAUACGUUUUUCAUCUUUUUAUACUUGCUUUUCCUGAGAACUCUUUGGUUUAUUCCAGCCCUUCAUUUAGGUUUUUUUCCCCCCACACUCUAAAUAUUUAUCAGACCUUUGUGACAGGACAUUAAACUUGUGAGAAUUAUCUUUUUUUGAUGAGUAAAUCGAGCAUUGCAGGCUACCAUAUCCUCCAUAUCCUCUAAGUAAUGGGGAGUUUUGACAAUGAGAAGAUUACAAUUCUACAUUUAAAGAAUUCAACAGCAUAAGAAAUGUGUUCAGUUAAAGUAGCUGACUUUCUUUUUUUGAACAUGUUCUUUAAGGCAGACUUUGUUUGACAGUUUUUAGUCAGCAGAGAAAA